UUUCUCCUUAUCUCCCUCCCUGACCUAUUAUACUUCCUCUACAAUUCCAUUGCUUCUUGAUAAUCUCUCUCUCUCUUCUUUCUAUCUAUUGUUCUUUAAUUUGUCUCUCUCUUUUUCUCUAGCAAUGCUUGGAAGCUAUAGAGAAGUUAUGUGGCCAAGACUUGUGGCCAACAAGAUCCUAAGGAAAAGUGUCGGGAGCAACAACUUCGUUGCCGAUUUCCCACCGGAUACCGAGCAGAAGUUUCUAGAAGCUUCCGGAUUAGUUGAUGAACGAGCUUCUUUCACUUCUAAAUCAAUUCUUCUCGAGCAACACAAAACCACUCAUCUCAACACCAAGGUUUUUGUAAGCACAUGGAACGUCGGUGGUAUUGUACCAGACGAUGGGUUUGACAUGGAGGAUCUGUUGGAAACACAUCAAACACCGUGCGACAUAUACGUGCUUGGGUUUCAAGAGGUAGUGCCUCUUCGAGCUUCGAAUGUUUUGGGAUCAGAUAACAACAAAGUCUCAACAAAAUGGAACUCUUUGAUAAGAGAGGCUUUGAACAAGGAAGCAAAACCUCAUGGAGACAAAGACUUGUCGGAAUCAAAGGGUAUUAAUGGUAUUUCACAAGAUUUCAGAUGUAUCAUAAGUAAACAGAUGGUCGGAAUCUUGAUCACCGUUUGGGUCCGAGGUGAUCUCUGGCCGUACAUCCGUCAUCCUAACGUUUCAUGCGUUGGUUGCGGCAUCAUGGGUUGCUUAGGAAACAAGGGAUCGGUAUCGGUUAGAUUUCAAUUGCACGAAACGACCUUCUGUUUCGUUUGCAGCCACCUAGCUUCCGGUGGCCGUGGCCGAGAUGAAAGGCAGAGAAACUCCGACGUUAACGAGAUCUUAGCUAGAUCGAGUUUUCCUCGAGGCUCAUCUCUAGAUUUACCCAAAAAGAUUCUUGAUCACGAUCGAGUGAUUUUUCUGGGAGACUUGAACUAUAGAAUUUCAUUACCCGAGGAGAAGACAAGAUUAUUGGUGGAAAGCAAAGAAUGGAACAUCUUAUUAGAAAAUGAUCAGCUAAGGAUGGAGAUCUUGAACGGUCAGAUUUUCAGAGGUUGGCAAGAAGGAAUUGUCAAAUUUGCUCCAACUUAUAAAUAUGUUCCAAAUUCGGAUUUAUAUUACGGAUGCAUUACAUAUAAAAAAGACGAGAAGAAACGAGCUCCUGCAUGGUGUGAUCGAAUAAUAUGGUACGGAAAUGGACUGAAGCAACAUGAAUAUACUAGAGGAGAAACGAAGAUAUCUGAUCAUAGACCUGUCAAAGCUAUUUUCACCACAGAAAUUACUGUUAUACGGCGUGGUAAAAAGAUUCGUAAUUUCUUUUUCUCGGACAGAUUUGAAGACAGAAUUAACGGGUAUAGUAGCAUCGAUUCCAAAGACUACUCGUGGAUAUCCACAUAAUUUUAUUAAUCGGGGUGAAAUCUUGUCACUUGUUAAUAUAUAAUUCACCCAAUUAUAGUUAUAGUUUUUAUGUAAAAAAGCUUAUACAUAUAGAGUCUUUGUUUUAUACAUUUUUAGUUCUUAGCAUGUUCUUUGUGCAAUAAGAGAAUCUAUAGAAGAACUACAUAAAUCAUCUUCUACAGUUGUAUGGUAAAAUAGUAUUCAUGAAUUACAAAAGUAUAUUGAGUUUUCACAAUGCAUAUGCAAUAUAUUUAUGCAGUUCAACAACUAUAUGGUCCAACACUGAGAUUACAAAAUUAGUAUACAAAACCUUUUUAAAAAACAAAUUAUUACAUAAAUAAUUAUGCGACUACGAAUGAAGAUUCACAUUUAGUAAAACCAGAUCUUUGAUCUCCAACACUAAAACGAAUUCAAUUCCCAACCACCAAAUUAAAUAUCACUGGAUCAUCCAUUUUGUUCGAAUUAAUUUCAAAUUAUGAAUACAACUUUUUCUUAGAUUAAAAAACAUAAAUUGAGGGUGACUUUCCAUGCAAUAACAUACAAGAUUAACACUUUAACAACAAAACAAACUAAGGCUAUUGUUGACAAGCCAUAUGGUUGGUUAAUUUGGCAAUUGGCAUUAUGUGUGGA